GGGAGCUUUCUGAAUAAUGGGUUUCCAGAUAACAGAUCCCAUACCUUUAUUUUCUGCUUCUAUUUUGUACUUCCAUGUUGGGUUCCUCUCUCUCUCCCCUUUUCUGUGUUCUCCAACUGUUGGGUCUUGCACUCCUCAUUUUAGGUAAUGGUGGGAACCAGUGGUCCUUCCAGGUGCCUAAGGAAGUCAUGGGUGAAGUUGGAAAAUCUGCCACAUUACCCUGUUGGUUCAGUUCCCCGCACAGCCGGAGCCACGAUGGGGCACUAAUAGCCAUCUGGAGGAUUAGCCGGCCAUACGAUGGGACGGUGGUGUUCAAAUGUGUGACUCACAACAGUAGUGAGCCAUGUAGGGCCACAACCAAUUACAUGAACAAGUUCACCCUGCUGGGAAACCCUCGUCAUAACAACCUCUCCAUCAGCAUUGGGAACCUCACGUGGGAGGACAGCACCAAGUACUACUGCAGGGUGGAGCUCUCCACUGACAGACAUGAUAAAUACGAAACAAAGACUGGAAUAAAGCUCCACUUGGCAGCUCCUCCCAGAAUCCUUAACAUGACUAUUGGGUUUGACAGUUCUCGGGGAUAUUAUGCAGUUUGUCUUGCUGAAGGGGAACCAGCUCCUUCUUUGUACUGGACUGACCCAUUAAAUAAGGACCAAGACAUAAGUCUAACUAGGCCCAUCUUGAAGCACCAAGUGGCAACAGAGUUACAUUAUCUCACAAGAGAUGGAAAAUACACGUGUGUGGCCACAAACUGCCACGGGAGAGUAGAGUCAUCUGUGUAUUUCUUCAAGUUUAAAUCUGGAGGCAACAAUAAUAUGCCAUUGGGUUUGCUGUGGGCGGCUCUGGCACUCAAACUAAUGCUGCUGCUGGUGUUGCUGUGUGCGGCAGUCUGCUACAGGAAUGGUAAGUGGUGGGAUUUCUAAUUUGGUCACUGUUUGGGAUAGGCAGGUUUUCUCUAUAUCACUCAAUAGCUCACAAUACAAGUUGAUUCAGGGACUGGUCCAAUUGCCAUCU